AGAAGAUCGAGAUUGACUUGGCUUCAGAGAGCGAGGAUGACACGCCUCGCCAGUCCGACCAUCGCCUUCUGCCUGGCGCCUUUGUGGCUGAUGUAUUGGAGCGCACUCCAGCCGCACCCAAGCCACCAAGCGCGCCACUUCUGAAAAGCAAAAGUGGCUUCCCGGGGCAUCAGAAGCGCACCGUGAUCAGCAAAUUCAAGCAGCAGAGGCAGGCGCCAGAUGCAGCAUUGUCCCGCGGGGAUGACAACACGGCGCCAUCGCGUCCGCACGAUGAGGCGACCAAUAGCAUACCAAAGUCGUGGGAGGAAGUGGAAAAAGAGCGCAUAGAUCAAGAGAACAAGCAAAAGCUUGCAGGAAUGACUGCUGAAGAGAUUGAAGAGGAGCGACGAGAGCUAAUGAACCAGUUCAGUCCAGCUCUCCUGCAGAGACUUCUGGAACGAGGAAACGUUGCAAGCGGAAGCGAAGAAUCUGAUCUUUCACAGUUGCCUGGUGAGAUAGCAGAACCAUCAAACACCAUUCCCCACCAGUAGAGGAUUCGGCCGAAACUGAAGUGCCCGAUGUCAGAGAGCGGACAACGCCAGCCAAAUCUGUUGCUUUUGCCGAAAAGCCCGAUUUCGAGCAUGUGGCGGCCGAAGUGGAGACGGAGAGCCAGCGUGAAGAACUUCCACCAUCACACGACAGCGUACAUUUUCCUCGACCCAACCAACCUCCCUCACUCGAUCCCUCGUCAGAAACUUUUCUGGAAGAUUUGCAUCAAAAGUACUUUCCCUCGCUCCCUGCAGAUCCCGACAAACUGGAAUGGAUGCAGUCAGCCUCGGCGAAGAACACGUACGAUCCUUCUGCAGCUGCUCUGAACGCUGGUGAUGUUCGCUUCUCCUUUCGGGGGGACCUCAUACCUCCCAGUAAAGCGAAUGAGAUUCCCGUCACUCUGGGUCUGCAUCACCAUGGAGAUGCGCCAGAGGCAGCAGGAUACACCAUCGCCGAGCUGGCACAUCUUGCACGGUCCAGCUAUGCAGCUCAGAGAUGUAUCGCAUUCCAAACACUGGGUCGCAUCCUGUACAAACUGGGCAAAGGCGAGUUUGGUGACCCAGGCGAGCCUGAGCACGUGUUGGAGGGUGGGGUAGUUGAGGGUCCAGAAGACACCUUUGGAGAGUUGGCACGAGGUCUGUGGAGAGAAGUGGAACGAUUACAGAUUGUUCCAAUUCUGGUAGACGAGAGUGAGGGCAGGGGUGUAGAUGGUGGCAAACAUAUGAGCGCAAAAUCCUACGCCACCGAAGCGGUAUGGCUGUGGCGAAAAGGCGGUGGCAGAAGAUGGGACGCAAAGUAGUAGUAGUAGUAGUAAAUUUCAUUCUGGUUCGCUGUGUGGGAUACUGUACACUAUAAAGCCGACUUUUCAAUCAACGCCCACUUCCCAUCCUCGCCAUCCCUCCCCUUCCCCUGCCUCACCUUCCCAUCCCUCUCCAACUUCUUCAACACCUGCUUCAAACUCCCCUCGGCCGGACCCCAA